AUGGAGCUGAUGGGAUCCACUCUGACAGCCACAUAUGCUCGCCCUAAAAACCAGCCCUUCCUCCCGGCCAUCUCCACCAUGGCAUCCAGCUAUCGCAACCCCCAGCCUGCCAUGGCCAUGAAUCCCAGUGCCAACAUGUGGAGGACCAACACCUAUUUCAAAAGCAGCAGCACUGUCCCCACCCCUUCUUCCAUGCAGCGAGAUAAUUUAGAUCUGGUUCGAGCAAAGACCAUGUUCUACCCAUCGAACAGGACAGCGCUGUCCACCCGCUACACUCCUGACGACUGGUACAAGUCUAACAUAAGCAACUAGGAGUCCGAGGCGUCCCGGAACAGCGCGGAGAGGCUGAGAAGAGACACCAUCAGGCUGAUGCAGGACAGGGAUCAGCUGACCAGACGUACCCAGGAGAGUACCAGCAAGAACAUUGGCGAGCGGCUCAAUGACGUUGUCUUCUGGAGGUCUGAGCUGAGCCAUGAGAUUGACAACAUGUUGACAGAGAUAGCAGCGCUCACUGAUGUUAAGAGGAGGCUAGAGAGAGCCCUGGCAGAGACUGAGGGGCCCCUUCAGGUGUCUCAAGAGUGUUUGUACCACAGAGAGAAGCGGAUGUCAAUCGAUCUGGUACACGACGACGUGGAGAAAGACCUCAUAAGGGAAGUGGAAGUCAUUAAGUCAUGUCAGGAAAGGAUGAGACAUCUGGACAGAGCCAUCGCUCAACUGGCGUCAAACAGAGCAGCGCAGCAUGAACUGGAAAGAGACAUCGGUGACAAAGUGACAGCUCAGAGGAUAGAUGACAGGUGUCACCAUCUGAGGAACACAUCAGACGGUAUCGGCUACUACAGAGGGAUUGAAAGACUAGAUCCUUCACUCUCCCUGCCGGACUCAUGGUCGAAGUUCACAGACGACAACAUCCUGCACUCCCAGAGCGAAAGGGCUUCCUCCCACAAGCUCAGGGACGAGAUCGAGAUCCUGCUGAACACCACGUCCAACGAGAUGUGGAACCAGUUCAACAACGCCAACGUAGCCUUCACAAACCGCAUAUCAGAAACCGCUGAUGCUAAGAACAGCCUGCAGACACACCUGGCUAAGACUCUGCAGGAGAUCUUCCAGACGGAGAUGCUGAUUGAGUCUCUGAAGAAGGCCCUCAGAGACAAAGAGUGCCCGCUGAAAGUGGCCCAAACCAGGCUGGAGGAGAGGACCCGCAGGCCCAAUGUGGAGCUCUGCAGGGACAACCCACACCACAGACUUGUGAGUGAGGUGAGAGAGAUAGAGGACACCAUUCAUCGGCUCCAGGAGAGGCUGAUGGAGGCUGAGAACACUCUGCAGACUCUGGUCAAGACUAAAGUCACCUUGGAGCACGACCUGUCCAUCAAGGCCAACUCCAUCUUCCUGGACCAGGAGAGGUGUAUGAGCAUGCGCAAGAGCUUUCCCAGCAUGCCCCGUCUGGUGGGCUACACCUAAAUAAGGUUCUAGAAAAAGCGAGUCUAUAUUGGAGAACCAAUAUAAUUAACGAUGACUGUUUCAAUGGGUUUGGAGUGAUUUUAAGGGUGGUGUGAAUGUAAACAAAAUGACUUAACUUUACAGGCACAGAUGUCAAAAUGUAGCUAUAAACAAUUUAUUAACCAGAUGUAUAAAAAGACAAAAAACACCAUUCAUUGUCGCCUGAUGCUUUCAUUUUGCACUUUUCACUGCAUACUUUUAACUGUUUUUCUUUAAAAAUGCUGGAAGAUAUUACCAAAUGCAAAUUAAAAGAAUAGUUGAUGAUCAAAAGAAAUCAAUGCAUAUACAACC